GCGGUCUCCAAGGCCGUUUAGGUCUCAAACAAUGGCAAUUAGUAACCCCCCCUCCUCUCCCUCCACCCAAAAAGAAAAAACCAACCCACUUCCUCGCCAUCCUCACAAACCCAGAUUCCUCUUCAUAAUCAAAGGCGCACUAACCAUCAUCUUCGGCCUCAUCGGUCUCCGUUUCUGCGUCGACUUCCCUGAGAGAUGGUCAUCGCGCCUCUUCAGAGAGGAUGAGAUGCGCUUCUUGCAGCUACGGGUGAAGUAUCAGGAUGGUCCUGUGGCGCCGGAUGAUGAGUUUAAGGGGGGGUGUUUGUGGGAGGCUAUGAGGGAUUGGAAGACUUAUUGUGUUUGUCCGAUUUUGAUGUUUAAAGGGGUGUUUGGGUUUAGGUUUGCAUUUGGGAGUUUGCUGAUAUGCUGGGGUAGUUGUAUUGCGUCGCUUCUUGCUUUUGGGGGGACGAUACCGACGAAUUCGUGAGUUUGGCCCCCUGUUCUGGCUUAGAUUGAAUUUGGUUAUGGAAGAGGGAGAGAAAGGUUGACAGAAAUAGGGUGAACUACACUCUGGCGACCAUGGUUAAAUCCCUCGGCUACACUUCCAUCAAAGCCCAAGCUCUGACGGCUCCACCAUACGUCUUUGCAUUUUUCUGUGUCAUCGAGAUAGCGAUGUACUCUGAUAAGUAUCUCUGUCGUGCUCGCUCCCUUCUUAUAAGCUGUACGUCCCUCACCAUUACCUGCUUACCCACACCCCUAAUCCCAUCGUCUCCAAAACUAAAACUCGAAUAGAUGCUGUCGGCACCACGGGACUUAUUAUUCUUUAGCCUUGCUUGUCUCAUGAGAAGCUCUCUGGAGUCGCGUAUUUUGCGUUGUUUCUGGUGGUUGCGGGGUAUAAUAUGCAGGUGUGUAAAUUUCCUGGGUAUGAAGAGGAUGGUACUGUAGUAGGGGAAGUGCUGACGCAUUUGUGUGUUCAGGCGCCGGCUGUGGGGUCCUGGUUGGGAAGUAAUGUGAGAAAUCCUUCCAAGAGGGCGGCUGCUAUGGGAUGGCAGUCAACUUUGGGACAGGUGGGUGCUUUUAUUGUUCAGUGCUGUGGAGUUUCUGUUUUGUUUUGUUGAUGCUGUUGAUAUUGAUUUCAGAAUAAUAGCUUGUUGGUGGAACGGUUAGAGCGAAUAUGUUUGCUUUCCACCGCAAUUCAAUUGAGGUGGGAUAGCUAACUGACUUGACAGAUUUCUUGCAAAUGAAGCGCCUACGUAUCGAACAGGAUUCAUUCUUAUUCUAGUGUUUGUAUGUGCUUCCCCUUUCCACCUUAAGUGAUCAUACUUGAAAGUGUCGAUGUUAACAACACACUUCCAGGUUAUGAUCGGCGGCGUUGGAGUGACAAUUCUUAAUUGGCUUUGCCUUCGGGCUGCAACCCUUGAGAAAGAUCGUCUUCUACCUGAGGACUUGGAAGGAGAGUACACAGAGCAACAACUGUCGGAAAUGGGUGAGUAUUCGCCUUAUUUUAGGUAGGCAUCAAGCUCAUUCUUGGUGUGUUGUAGUAAACGGUUGACUAAUACUCCAUGCAGGUACAUUCUGUAAAUUUCUUCUAGUCUUACUUCUUUCCCAUGGAGUGAGCUGGAAAGACUUGGAAGAUUGCCGUCGAUAGAUGUGCGAAUCCUUUCCCGACAUGGGAUGGGUAGAUGGAUAGUCAUGCCGAUGUAGCGUCUUGGAGCCGAGUCCGACUUGUUGGAAUCGACAGACUGUGGAUGCAGUGUUACCCCGCAAGGUGGUGGAUGUUGAUAAUCAGGCAUGAGCGUCGACGUGGCAAGGCUAUUUUCAGCCCCACACGCGAGACUUUUCUCGGAUAUGGUAUCAUGUAGAUGGUGAUGGGUGCUCUUUCCUUGGUGAUACCUACCGUAUCCAGUUAGUCGGGUAAAUAGAGUUGGUAGAUGAGAAAAUCAACUCCUCGAGUAGGUCUGGGAUGUCAUCAAAAAAAAAACAAAGUCAAUUCAAUGCACUCAGAUAAGCGCACAUCAAGGUGUGCACACCAUAUAUACCAACCGUGUCACCGUGCCAUGCGCGAAUCCAAUUUUUCCCUCUCGUCCACCAUGCAAUGAUCCAGGACCGAGUCGACUAUUGGAUGCGCACAUGAUUCCCUCAGCCGCCAGAAUUUCCUUCUCCUUCAUGACCAAUGACCAAUAAGGUGCCAUGGUAUAUUCAAGGCAAAACGAGGCAAUCCCCAGCGUGAUGAGCAACGGGCAAUUGAUCAUCGCAACCGCUUGGGCGUUGGAGUCGUCGUUAGAAGUAUAAAGCGACCCUGUCGAUGGGAACCAUUCGGCUCUUUCCCCUGCAUGCCGCCAGGGAGUCAUUGGUUUAGAGCCAAUGAGGAAGGAGCGGUUCGUGGG